UUGACACCUGCCAAACUUUCGCCGUCCGACGACACUGUUUUGCACGCGACAUUGACGUGUGAUUUUCCAUACAGGCGAGAUUUCAGCAUGCCACGAAAGCCGACAAAGCCGUCUCCAGAAACGGCACAGGGAAGCACAUCGAAGCGGCCUGCGGCCGACACUCCCAGCAGAGCCUCCAAAAGAGCGCGAGCAACAGCGCGAAAGUCAUAUGUUGAACCAGAUACCGAUUCUGAGGCAGAUCCUGGCAUAGCGGGCACAAAGGUUGAUGUGGAGUCUGGAGACAUCUCUGACUUCGAGGCGCAGAGUGAGAAAGAGUCGACUUCGGAGUCUGAGCCAGACGACGACGCCAGCGACGAGGAGCCAAAGUUUCAAAAGGGUUCAUUGAGGAGUCGACCUCAGAAGAAACGCACGAACACGCAGCAGAUUGACGAAAAAGAGCUAUGGAAGCCAGGCGCAAAGCUGAGGCCUGGGACACAACUGAUCAUCAAGAAGCCAAAGGCCCGAGAUGCUGGUGACACAGCAUACACUGAGAGCACCAUUCAUCCCAACACUAUGCUGUUCCUUCAAGAGAUUAAGGCUAAUAACGAUCGCCAAUGGCUGAAGUUACAUGACCCAGACUAUCGAGUUGCAGUACAAGACUUCAAUGACUUCAUAGGCAAGCUCACAGAGAGAAUCGUGGAGAUAGACGAGACAAUACCCGAACUUCCGGUGAAGGACAUUGUAUAUCGCAUUUAUCGAGACGUUCGUUUCUCGAAGGAUCAGACACCCUACAAGACGUACUUCUCGGCGGCAUGGUCAAGGACGGGUCGCAAAGGCCCAUAUGCCGCUUACUAUGUCCAGAUUCAGCCGAAUGGAGGCAGUUUUGUCGGUGGCGGAUUGUGGCAGCCGGACGCUGAACCCCUCAGGAAACUGCGACACGAGAUUGAUCGCAGAUCUACCAGGAUCAAGCAAAUACUAACAAACGAUCGGAUUCGGGACGCGUUUUUAGCAGGUGCUCCCGACAACGAGAAGAAGGUUGUCAAGGCAUUUAUUGGCUUAACCUCGAACGCGUCAACUGCGUUGAAGCGCCAUCCUAAGGUAACGUCUUUCUCAUUUCGUGCACGCAGAGCCCAACACCCGCUCUCGAAUCAAGGCUAUGCUUGCCGGAAGGCAGAUGCAUGCAAUCGAGGUCCUAGUCAUCUUGACUACUGGUCUUUCUGAACCGUGUUGAAUGCUCGAUCUCAAAACAGUAUUUCGCGCCGUCCUAUACAUGGUUCCCUGUCUCCCCCAGAGGCCGGAGCCACGUCCGGCCGCGGGAGCCGUGAACUGUAGCGAUCAGGCCAGUAACUGUAAUGUCGGACCUGUUCGGGAAUCGAAAUAAACCGACACCUCGCCGCCACCGGCCGUUUUUUUGAUGCCCGACGCCCCAGAGACAGGUUUCGGCUUCAAGACAAUUGACCGUCAGUUGUUCAACCAUGCUACGUAGCGCUUUGGUAGACGGCAAACACCGUCGUGUCACAGUGUAUCUCACGUCCAUCGUCAUUGCUACUCUUUCGUUAUCCAUAACCCAUGCAAUGACUACAUGGUGGUGGUGGAGCUCCGAUUCGCUAACAGCUUUUGCCCAGGACUUCUCCAUGGAACACAAAGACAUCGACCUACUCCGUCUGAGAAGCUUUACUCUUGGC